AUGCCUUUCCCCCUCGCCUCCAUCGCCCGCGCGGCUGCCAACCCCUUGGCGCGCCAGUCCGCCCUCUUGAUGCGCUCAUCCUUGGCUCGCGCCACCGCCCCCGUCGCCACCAUGAUGACCAUCCGCAAGGCUUCCUCUGCCGCCGCCGCAAAGGACGAAAUCCCCGCCGCAAAGGACGCCUUCCUUCAGGGUAACUCUGCCGGCUACGUCGAGGAGAUGUACUCUGCCUGGCUCAAGGACCCCACCUCUGUCCACCUCUCGUGGCAGAUCUACUUCAGGAACCAGUCUAACGGCAUGUCUUCCUCCCAGUCCUUCCAGGCUGCCCCCACCAUCCCCACCACCGGUGGUGUCCCUUCGUUGGUCCCUGGCUCCCAGGUAGGAUCCUCCGAUGUCAUUGACCACUUGAAGAUUCAGCUUCUCGUCCGUGCCUACCAGGCCCGUGGUCAUCAUGUUGCCCGCUUGGAUCCCCUCGGAAUCAACCAGACCAGCUUCGCUGCCGUCUCGCCUCGCGAGCUCGACCUGAACCACUACGGCUUCAGCGAGAAGGAUCUCGACCGUACCUUCUCUCUCGGACCCGGUAUUCUUCCCGGUUUCCUUGACACUGGCAGCAACCAGACCCUUCGCGAGAUUGUCGACCACCUCAAGAGCAUUUACUGCGGCUCCAUCGGUGUUGAGUACAUCCACAUUCCCGACAGGGAGCGUUGCGACUGGAUCCGUCAACGUGUCGAGGUCCCCAGACCCUACAAGUACACCACCGAGGAGAAGACCAUGAUCCUCGAUCGUAUGAUCUGGUCCGACUCCUUCGAGCGUUUCGUCUCGUCCAAGUAUCCCAGCGAGAAGCGCUUCGGUCUUGAGGGAGGCGAGAGUUUGAUUCCUGGAAUGAAGGCCUUGAUUGAUCGCUCCGUCGAGCACGGUGUCGAGUCCAUUGUCAUGGGCAUGCCCCAUCGUGGUCGUCUUAACGUCCUCUCCAACGUCGUCCGCAAGCCCCACGAGUCUAUCUUCGCCGAGUUCAGCGGAAACUCUGCCAACGACGGCUUCUCGGGUGAUGUCAAGUACCAUUUGGGAAUGAACUAUGAACGCCCCACCCCCUCGGGCAAGCCCGUUCACUUGUCCUUGGUCGCCAACCCCUCGCAUUUGGAGGCUGCUGACGGUGUCGUGCUCGGAAAGACCCACGCCAUCCAGCACUACAUGGAUGACAAGACGAGAACCCGCUCACUCGCCGUUCUCUUGCACGGAGAUGCCGCCUUUGCCGGACAGGGAGUCGUCUACGAGACUCUCGGAUUUAUGGACUUGCCCGCCUACUCGACUGGAGGAACUGUCCACAUUGUCGUUAACAACCAGAUCGGCUUCACCACCGACCCCCGCUUCUCCCGUUCGACCGCCUACUGUACCGAUAUCGCAAAGUCCAUCAACGCCCCCAUCUUCCACGUCAACGCCGAUGACGUUGAGGCAGUUAACUAUGUCCACCAAUUGGCUGCUGACUGGCGCAAGGAGUUCCACACCGAUGUUGUCAUCGAUCUCGUCUGCUACAGACGUCAUGGACACAACGAGACCGAUCAGCCCAGCUUCACCCAGCCCAUCAUGUACAAGGCCAUCAACAACCAGACCCCCGCCAUGGAGCGCUACAUUGACCAGCUCGUCAAGGAGGGUACCUUCAAGACCGAGGAGAUCAAUGACAUGAAGAAGCGCGUCUGGGAUAUUUUGGAGGAGAACUACGCCAAGAGCAAGGACUACAAGUCAAAGUCCAAGGAGUGGAUGACUAGUUCGUGGCACGGAUUCAAGUCGCCCGCUGAACUCGCUUCUGAGGUUCUCGCCAGCCACCCCACCGGCGCUGCUGUCGAGACCUUGAAGCACAUUGGAGACAAGAUCUCGUCGACUCCCCCCGGCUUCAAGAUCCACUCCAACUUGGCCCGUAUCAUGAAGGCUCGCGCCAAGACCAUCGAGACUGGCUCCAACAUUGACUGGGCCACUGCUGAGGGUCUUGCCUUCGGUACUUUGCUCUCUGAGGGCAAGCAUGUUCGUUUGGCCGGUCAGGAUGUUGAGCGUGGUACCUUCUCUCACCGUCACGCCGUUCUCCACGACCAGGAGACCGACAAGCUCCACGUUCCCCUCAAGAACUUGGGUCACGGACAGGCUGCCUUCACCGUCAACAACUCUUCUCUCUCUGAAUAUGGUGCUCUCGGAUUCGAGCUCGGAUACUCCCUCGUCAACCCCAGCUCACUCGUCCUCUGGGAGGCCCAGUUCGGUGAUUUCGCCAACAACGCCCAGUGCAUCAUUGAUCAGUUCAUUGCUUCAGGAGAAACCAAGUGGCUCCAGCGCACUGGCUUGACCAUGUUGUUGCCCCACGGUUACGAUGGUCAGGGACCCGAGCACUCGUCUGCCCGUAUUGAGCGUUACCUCCAGAUGUGCGAUGACCACCCCAACGUUUUCCCCUCUGAGGAGAUGUUGUCUCGCCAGCACCAGGACUGCAACAUGCAAGUUAUUUACUGCUCAACCCCCGCCAACUAUUUCCACGCCCUCCGUCGCCAGAUCCACCGCGACUUCCGCAAGCCCUUGGUUGCCUUCAACUCCAAGUUGUUGUUGCGUCACCCCAUGGCUCGUUCGACUUUGGAGGAGAUGUCGGGCGAGACUCGCUUCCAGCGUUUCAUCCCUGAGGUUGAGGAGGAGAAGAUUGUUGCUGCCGAUAAGGUUAAGAAGCACAUUCUCUGCUCUGGUCAGGUCUACUAUGCCUUGGCCAAGGCCCGUGAGCAGAACAAGAUUGACGAUGUUGUGAUCUCGCGUGUUGAGCAGCUGAACCCCUUCCCCUAUGAUCUUGUCAAGGAGCACACUGACAAGUACCCCAACGCCGAGGUUGUCUGGUGCCAGGAGGAGCCCUUGAACAUGGGAGCCUGGGCCCAUGUCGCCCCCCGUAUCCGCACGUCGCUCAAGGAGACUGCCAACCACGCUAAUAAGGAGGUCCGCUAUGCUGGUCGUGAGCCCUCUGCCUCCGUUGCCACCGGUAACAAGAAGGUCCACUUGGCUGAGGAGUAUGCCUUCCUUGCCGAGGCCCUCACCGGCGAGGCUAAGAAGCCCUCUGAUGUCGUCGGAGGCGUCCCCGUCUUUUAA